GUUUUUAAGCAGCUCUGCACAGAAACCUCUGUUUCAGCCUCCAGAACCAGCAGCUGUAACUCCACACCUGAACCUCUCCAGAAACUUCAGGUUGCUCUCCAGUAAAGCUGCUGAAGAGACGAACAUGUUUGCUAAGCUGAAGAAAAAGAUCGCAGAGGAGGCAGCCACAGCACCUCGCGCUGGAGUACGAAUACCACGAACCAUCAGCAAAGAGUCCAUCACUUCAGUGGGAGCAGACUCUGGGGAUGAUUUUGGUUCUGAUGGCAGCAGCUCCAGGGACGACCUGUCUGCUCAGCUCCUCAGAAGGAACGGUCAGAUCAGGAAGCUGGAGGCCAAGCUGUCAGCGUCUAUAAAGAAACUUCAGGAGCAGAAUGAGUCUCAUCAGGUCAGCAGAGCUAAAAUGGCCGAGGGCAUGUCUUUAGCUCUGGAGAAGAAGGACCAGGAAUGGAUGGAAAAGAUGGCUGGUUUAGAAGAAUUGCUGAGGAAGGAGGAGUUGCUCAGCCGGCGGGAGGCGGAGCUUCAGCAGAAGGAAGCUGAACUCCAGUCAGCUACACGAGGUCUGUCUGAGGCUCGAGGGAAACUCCAGGCUCUGCAGCAGCAGCAGGACCACAGUUGCAGACUCAACUCUGAGUUUGAAAUCGAGCGAGAAGAACUGUUGCUGCUUCGAGAAGAAGGUGACAAGAAGAUCAGUGAGCUGGAAGGACAGUGCCAGGAGCUGCAGUCAGUCAUCCAGCAGGUUUCUGAAGACUUCCAGAUGUCCCAGAACAUGGUAUCAGCUUUAGAGAAGUCCCUGCAGGAGCUGCAGACUGAACAUGACACCCUGAAGGUGCAACAGCAAAAGGCUUCUGUGACCGAAGAGGACAAAGAGCGCCUGUUAGUGGAGCUUCAGAAGAAGGUUUCUUCUUUAGAGAGACGACUGCAAGGGAACCUGAGCCAGGACGAGCAUCUACAGGAGCUGCUCCUGGAGAAGUCUAGUCUGGAGUUGAGCUUGGAAGGAACCAGAGCUGAGCUGUUGGCUGUUCGGACAAACAAUGCUGACACCGUCAGCUCUCUGGAAGCUCAGGUGUCUAAACUGAGCUGCAGUGUUUCUGAGCUGCAGACUCUUCUCCGGCACAAAGACGACUCUUCUAGAGCCUACAGAGAGAGAACAGAUGCACAGGUGAGCUGA